AUGCUAUUUCUAUUUCCUUCACCAUGCUAUUUUUAUUUUCUUCACCAUGCUAUUUUUAUUUUCUUCACCAUGCUAUUUCUAUUUCCUUCACUCCUAUUUCUAUUUCCUUCACCAUGCUAUUUUUAUUUCCUUCACUCCUAUUUUUAUUUCCUUCACUCCUAUUUCUAUUUCCUUCACCAUGCUAUUUUUAUUUUCUUCACCAUGCUAUUUUUAUUUUCUUCACCAUGCUAUUUCUAUUUCCUUCACCAUGCUAUUUUUAUUUCCUUCACUCCUAUUUCUAUUUCCUUCACCAUGCUAUUUCUAUUUUCUUCACCAUGCUAUUUUUAUUUUCUUCACCAUGCUAUUUUUAUUUUCUUCACCAUGCUAUUUUUAUUUUCUUCACCAUGCUAUUUUUAUUUUCUUCACCAUGCUAUUUCUAUUUCCUUCACCAUGCUAUUUCUAUUUCCUUCACCAUGCUAUUUCUAUUUCCUUCACCAUCCUACCCCGUAACUCAUUUACCCUAU